AUAAAGGAGAGUGUAAAAUCAUAUAUACUAGUCGAAGUAGACAUUUUUAAAGGGAUCAACGUACAUGUUCGACUCAGCUAGUUUAGCUUUUCACUUUUAAAUUUCAGAAUAGUAUAAAUAUCUAUAAUCUCAUCCUCAUCGACGGACAUCGUGAAAAUUGUAGAAUAUAGUGGGAGAAGAGAGUUAACACUUUUUAAAGAAUACCAUGGCGAAUAAUAUACUACUUGAUAUUGACGAAUCAAUUAUAAACCAAAAUUUAUUAUUAACGGAAAGUAAGGUAGAAGAUGAAUUUACGGAGAUGCUAAAAACUAUGAAUAAACCAGAAAGACCUUCCGUUGUAAUAAAACCGAUACCUGGUGCAUGUGUAAAGACAAAAACAUCCAGUGGUGAGAAGAUAUUCCUAAAUAUUUGUCAAACAACAGAGAUACCACCACCUGAUGAUAUAUCAGAGACAAAAUUGAUUGAAUUAAUGGAAGAUGAGAAUCCAUCUUAUUGUAUUCCAAUGAGCAUUGGACAGGAGAAGACUGAAGUUGAUAAAUCUGGUGCACCGUGUUUGGCUUACGACAUAGCAAUAAAUACAACAUACUUUGAAAAAUCCGAGAAGAGUAGACUCUUUUGGUCUUUUACAAUUGCUGUUAUUAUACAAGGAGUUUCUCAAAAGUUCGACAAGGAUAUUGAAUUAAAAAAUUAUACUGUAUUGAAGAAUCGGAAGGUACUGGGAAGACUGCAAGAUCACCGGAUUGAAAAACGGGAAGUCAAAAAAGCUAUGCGUGCGCCAUUGAUUGAAGAACUCCCUAGCAUAAAUUCUACCUCUGUAUCACAAACCAAAAUAUCUACUUCAAAACCUAUUGAAGAAUCACGCGAAUCAAAGUCACGAGUUACUCCAACACCUGAUUAUAUUAUUUUACGUGAACCAAAGGAAGGAAAGCCGAAGAGACUUAUUGGCAAAUUUAAGAUUAAAAGCUUGAUUUCCGCUGAUGAUAUUGCUGUUGAUGUUGGUGAAGACCGUAUAAUGGUAGAGGCUCGAAAAAUUGGAUAUUUAAUUGACAUCUUUGUGCCUUACUCAAUAGAGCAAGAAAAAGUAUCAGCUAUACUGGACAAAGACGUUGGAAUUUUGCAAUUGAACAUGCCGGUUGCUCAUGAGUAAGUUGUAAUUGUACCAUAAAUUUAAUAUUUAAUAAAAAUUAUUAAAUCUC